AUGAGAAGCUGGAGCAUAGAAGCAGCUGCUUAAAGGCUGGCUCAGCUCACGCUUUGCCUUUUUAAUAAAAGGUAAAGUCUAAAAUUAAAAGUUUUCUUGUUGUAACAUUUAGAACAAUGGAAGAAGGAAUUGUAAGGCACUGGACUGCUACGCCUGUUCGCUACCAGCACAAAUUGACAGGACGAGAUCUCACAGAAUGCAAACUAGAUCACUGGCUAUUUGCCCUACCAGGCCCAGCAAUAAGGACAGAGAGAGAGAAUGAACUUUCUGUCAGAGAAAAGCCAAAGUCAGUGGAAUCCACAGAGGCUGCACAGCUAUUUCAAAUCAUGUUGGAUGUCGUUCAGUUCCGUCCUGAAGAUAUCAUCAUUCAAGUGUUUGAAGGGUGGCUUAUCAUCAGGGCACAGCAUGGACGAAGAAUGGAUGAACAUGGUUUUAUUUCAAGGAGUUUUACAAGGCAGUAUCUGCUACCUGAUGGUGUGCAGUCAAAAGAUCUUUCUGCUAUGUUAUGUCACGAUGGCAUUUUGGUAGUGGAAACAAAAUCUUAGUUUCUGAAGUAUUAUAAUGUAUUGGAAGCUGUUCAUGUUCAAUUAGUUCAUAUAUUUUAUAAAAUUUAAAAAGCUUAGUAAGUAUAUGAUUGUAAUAAUAAGAUAUUGUGACAAAUUAUGUAGCCUCAUUUAGAGGGAGACUAUGAUUAAAACAAUGAAAAUGUAAUUUACAGCAUUAUUUGUUAUAUUAAGGUUAUGUUAUCAUAAACAGUAUUUCAGAGAAUGAACCUAGAGGACAUCUCAUUUUACAGUGUAGGGAGAUAUUUAUGUAUAGAUAUAAGCAUUUGGAACGAUUGCUCUGUACUUUGAAAAUAUGGAUAAUCUCAAUUUAUCAGUAAUGUUUUUACUGAAUGGUAAUGGUGUAACAAGUAUACGAGAAAUGUUUAUCGCUUUAGCAGCUCCUUGUGAUGUCACAACUGUUCUAUAAAUAUAUAGAGGGCUUAUUGAAUGUCAAGUUAAUGCAUAAUCUAAUACCAAAGUGGUAUUGAAAUAUUAACUCUUGGUCUCUUUAGAGUGCACAUGUGUAUAGAUAAAAGAUUGUAAAUUGUCUGCAAAGCUGAAAAAAAUAGAUUCUUCUAAUAUAUUACUGAGAAUUGUGCUCUAGUUGACAUCUCUGACUAUUUAUUUAAAAUUAUAAUUUUCUCUGUGAUCAUUCAUUGGCACGUAGAAGGUGGAUACACUCCAAUUAUUAGAACAGUUCAUUCAUUUGUUUUCAAAGUGAUCGUUAUUGAUGGUGGUUAGGCUUGGGAAAGCACACCCCAUGAUCGCCUGGGUUUCCUCCGGGUGCUCCAGGGUCCUCCCACAUCCCAAAGACUGUAUGGGUUAGUAGGCUAAUUGGUAACAUGGGUGUAGUUGGAUGAUGCAGGCUCAUUAGGCCAGAAGGGCCUGUUACUGUGCUGUAUCUCGAAAUAAAAUAAAUAAA